AUGAUUGCGGAGGCAGAGGGGAAAGGACCCCCGGCUGCAGAAGCCAGCAAAGUGGCUGGGGGCUACAUGUCUUGUAACGCCCAGCAGGUCCAUAGUGUCCCUCUCGCUCAGCCCCCUGCCUCCAACAACACAGAAGAUGAGGAUGAAAGUGAAGAUGAGUCAGACAUCUUGGAGGAGAGUCCCUGCGGCCGCUGGCAGAAACGCAAAGAGGAGGUGAACCAACGAAAUGUUCCCGGCAUAGACAUGGCAUACUUGGCUAUGGAUACCGAGGAAGGCGUGGAGGUGGUGUGGAAUGAAGUCAUGUUCUCGGAGAGGAAGAACUUCAAGUUGGUGGAGGAUAAGGUAAACGCUGUUUUUGAUCAUCUGAUUCAUUUGGAACAUGCAAAUAUUGUCAAGUUCCACAAGUACUGGAUUGACGCCAAAGAGAACCGGGCCAGGGUGAUUUUCAUUACCGAGUACAUGUCAUCAGGAAGUUUGAAGCAGUUUCUAAAGAAGACCAAAAAGAACCACAAGGCCAUGAAUGAAAAGGCUUGGAAGAGAUGGUGCACGCAGAUCCUGUCAGCUCUCAGUUAUCUCCACUCAUGUGAUCCCCCCAUCAUCCACGGCAACCUGACCUGUGACACCAUCUUCAUCCAGCAUAAUGGCCUUAUCAAGAUCGGUUCAGUGGGUCCAGACACUAUCAACAAACAUGUGAAGACUUGCCAUGAAGAACAGAAGAACUUGCAUUUCUUUGCCCCGGAAUAUGGCGCUGUCACUGACGUGAGCACAGCUGUCGACAUCUACUCAUUCGGCAUGUGUGCCCUUGAGAUGGCGCUAUCGGAGAUCCAGGUAAAUGGAGAGUCCUCAUAUGUGUCUGAGGAUGCUGUCAAUACUGCCAUCCAGCUGCUAGAGGAUCCACUACAGAGGGAACUAAUUCAGAGAUGCCUGGAUUGUGACCCAUGCACAAGGCCCACCGCCCGAGAGCUGCUCUUUAACCAGGCUCUGUUUGAAGUGCCACUACUGAAGCUGCUGGCUGCUCACUGUAUUGUCCGCCACCAAUACAUGAUUCCAGAGAACGCAUUGGAGGAAAUAACCAAGAACUUGGACCCUAAUCUCGUUAUCGCUGACAAGAAAGAUGAUGUUCAGCUCAAGUUCUCACAAUUUCCAGCCUUGGAGCUCGAUAAAUUCCUGGAGGAUGUGCGAAACGGGAUUUAUCCCCUAACAGCGUUCGGCCUUCCUUCUCCGAAGCAUCCACAACAACAAAAUGUUAAAUCUCCCAUUAUCGUUCCUUUGGUCAAGUCCCCCACACCUGAGCUUGCAGAGCUUGAAACACGGCGGCUUAUUCAUAUGCAGUGCAAUGUUGAACUCAUUGAGGAGGGACCCAAAUUUCAUCUGACAUUGUUGCUGAAGCUGGAGGACAAGCUGAACAGACAUCUAAGCUGUGACAUGUUACCUCAUGAAAGUGUUCAAGAUUUGGCUGGAGAAUUGGUGCAACUUGGCUUCAUCUGUGAGAUGGACCAAACCAAAAUAGCCUCACUCCUUCAAGAAAGCUUCAGUCAAGUUCUUGACUAG